AUGGCCAGUAGGGCGCGUCUUGCUGUGAUGGACAUUACUACCGUACUAGAGUGUCAGCCCUGUGGUAGUGACUUUGCCAUUAAACUGCAGGGGGGCGUGGCUGUAUUUUGCGUCCCGAAGUCGUAUCCAAGUGCAGAUUUAAUAACUACACUUAUGAAUAGGGGGAUCUGGAAUGCCAUAUGGAUACACCCUAAUUCAACCAAUAGUAUGUCGGAGGACGAUUGGAACAAUUUUGAAAAGUGUUUGGCUCUUCCUGGGGUACGCGCACUCAGAGAAGUAGUGUUGGACUAUACUGUGCCGCCGAAAAAAUGGAAUACGCAACAUCGAGCUAUUGACAGGGCACUAUGUAAAUUGAGAGGGGAUCAAGUUCUGGUGUUGCAUGCACGGGCGAGGGAACAGGAGGACAACCUGUGGCAGCUGCUGUAUAUGCUGAAGAGACGGGUGCAGCGAAGCCAACGUAAUCAUCUUCAUUGUUUUACGGGUAAUCGUGAAACCGUGGAUUUGUGGGUGACGGAGAUCCCCAAUGGGUGCUUUGGUUACACAAGUCUGAUAGCUAGUUGCUCAGAAGCAGCUAAGGAGGCACUACGAGCCUUGGAUCUGAGUAGGCUGCUACUAGAGACCGACUCUCCAUUCUUCAAAGCGAAGGCAGCUAAGUUAGGGAGCCCACUUCACCUGGGAAUCAUGGCCAAUGCCGUGGCGCGGUGUCGUGGCAGGAAAUAUUACAGCUAG